UAGUUUCAGCUUAGAUCUCAACCUACUGUUUAAAAUCCUCUGCUUGCAAAACCAUCAUCUAUAAUUAUGUCAAGAAAGUUGAUUACUUCUGUUUUAGAAGAGUCCAGCUGUAGUCUGCUAACCGUAACUAUGCACUCUCCCGAAACAACAUUUUAAAACAGUAUUAUCUAUGGUCAGAGAAUCUUAAAACAUGUCAUAUAAUACACUUGUGUGAAGGUAGCACCGUAUAUGGAGCAUCCUAAAUUUAAACUAGUUUCUGACUACAAAAUUUUUGUUUUUAAUUUUCAAAACCUCACCCUGGUGUAUCCUUCAUUUGUGGUUGAACGUGAAACAGUAAUCUUGCAUAUACCAACAAGCAGAAAGCUUUCUGUUGGGAAAGCUUGCAGUCUGACUUUAAAACGUUUUCCUUGCAUCGUUUUGAACAAACGGUGUGAUUUACUGUAAGUUUUUUUUUUCUUUACCGAUUAGUGGAGACGUGCGCUACAAAAUAAAAGUUACACGUUCUCAUUACGUGAUGUUUGCGUGCCUCGGACAUCAGAGCCAACAUUUACAUUUCUGUGCAGUUAUCUCCUUUGCAUGUGCGCUAAACACUUUUUCACCCUUACACCAGGGUCUGCUAUUUUAUAAAGGUAGCAGACUGGUUACAAGGUAGGAUGGCAGGUGAAAAGUAGCAACUCCCUUUGUGCUGCCAGCUUAACAUCCUCCUCCUCCGUUUACUAAUGUACCUCCCACUUUAGCCACUGUGACGUUGAGAUGAGGGUUGUGUUGCUUGAAAUAUGGAGCCAGAGGUCGAAAAGACUUUCCUUAAAAGAAUCAGCAGCUUCUUCAGUUGUCGGUUUAACUUUCCUCACUUCGCAUGCCCUGUAAGCCGAGCUGAAGAGGUACACUCCUCGCCUGAGCAGAACAACGUACCUUCCUACCCCUCACUCACAGUACAAGGACAACUUUUUGCUGAAAGACUAGAAAAAAAGCUUGCAGUACAGUUCACUGAAAAGCAAGGCGAGAGAGAAAGAAAAAAGUCUGGGUGCAGCUGCAGUCUUAACUGCUCCAAGUCUUGUCUGUAGCUUCUGUCCAGUGCGCCAGGCGACGUAUCUUAAAACUUGUGAGAAAGUUGGGUGCUGUCUAUCCCAGGGGAGUGCCGUGCACAGCUGCCGUCAUGGACCACCACCACCACCACAUGAAGCACCAGAGGAUGGAGGAUGAAGCAGUGCUGGAUAGAGGCGCUUCCUUUCUGAAACAUGUCUGUGAUGAAGAUGAAGUAGAAGGACAUCAUACCUUUUAUAUUGGAGUCCAUGUGCCGAAAAGCUACAGGAGGCGAAGGCGCCACAGAAGGAGGACAAGUCACAGAGAAAAGAAGAAGGAAAAAGUGUCUGAGAACAGUUCGGAUCGAUCUGACACUGAUAACAAUGAAGAUCCUAGUGGCAGCAUCCUUAUGCCUCUUAUCUCACCUGCUGCUGAGAGGAUACGUUUCAUGCUGGGUGAGGAUGAUGAAGGCCCAGCUCCCCCACAGCUUUUCACAGAGUUGGAUGAAUUGCUGGCUGUCGACGGGCAGGAGAUGGAAUGGAAGGAGACUGCCAGGUGGAUUAAGUUUGAAGAGAAGGUGGAACACGGGGGAGAGCGGUGGAGCAAGCCUCAUGUUGCCACACUAUCAUUGCAUAGUCUCUUUGAACUAAGAACAUGUAUAGAAAAAGGAAGUAUAAUUAUGGAUAUGGAGGCUACCUCAUUACCACAGGUGAUAGAAAAGAUAGUGGACUGUCAGAUUUCAGAUGGACUACUGAAGCCAGACCUGAGGGAAAAAGUAACAUUCACCUUGCUAAGAAAACAUCGUCAUCAGACCAAGAAAUCAAACCUUCGAUCACUGGCUGACAUUGGCAAAACAGUCUCUAGUGCAAGCCGUCUCUUCACCAAUCCUGAGCCUGGUAGUCCAGCUCCAACCCACAGAAAUCUAACUUCUUCUAGUCUAACUGACAUCCCAGAUAAACCUGAAAAGGACCAGCUCAAAAAUAAGUUUAUGAAGAAGAUUCCAAGGGAUGCAGAGGCUUCUAAUGUACUGGUGGGCGAGGUGGAUUUCUUGGAGAACCCCUUCAUUGCUUUUGUGCGUCUUCAACAAGCAGUUAUGCUGGGGGCUCUGACUGAGGUACCUGUACCUACCAGAUUCCUAUUUAUUCUUCUGGGGCCCAAAGGCAAGUCCAAGUCAUAUCAUGAAAUUGGAAGAGCCAUUGCUACUUUAAUGUCUGAUGAGGUGUUCCAUGAUGUUGCCUACAAAGCUAAGGACAGGCAAGACCUUCUGGCAGGCAUUGAUGAGUUCUUGGAUGAGGUCAUUGUUCUGCCACCUGGUGAGUGGGAUCCUGCCAUCAGGAUAGAACCACCAAAGUCUCUUCCUUCUCCAGAUAAAAGGAAAAAUAUGUAUUCGGGCACUGCCGGGGAUACUACCCAGAUGAACGGUGAUAUGAUCCAUGACGGAGGUGGUACAGGAGGAGAUGGGCACCAUGAAUGUGAGGAGCUGCAGAGAACAGGAAGGUUCUGUGGUGGCUUGAUCAAAGACAUAAAAAGGAAGCUUCCUUUCUUUGCCAGUGACUUCUAUGAUGCCCUGAGUAUCCAGUCACUUUCCACCACCCUGUUCAUCUAUUUAGCCACUAUAACCAAUGCCAUCACCUUUGGAGGCCUGCUGGGGGAUGCUACUGACAAUAUGCAGGGUGUGUUGGAGAGUUUCCUGGGUACUGCGGUCUCUGGGGCUGUCUUCUGUAUGUUUGCUGGUCAACCACUCACGAUUCUUAGCAGCACUGGCCCUGUUCUAGUUUUUGAGAGGCUUCUUUUUAAUUUUAGCAAAGAUCAUGAACUAGACUAUUUAGAGUUCAGACUCUGGAUUGGCUUGUGGUCAGCAUUCCUAUGUUUCAUCCUGGUUGUUACUGAUGCUAGCUCCCUUGUCAAGUAUUUCACUCGUUUCACAGAAGAAGGCUUUGCUUCAUUAAUUAGCUUUAUCUUCAUUUAUGAUGCCUUUAAAAAGAUGAUUAAAUUGUCUGAAUACUAUCCAAUCAACUAUAAUUACAAAGUGGACUACCCCACACUGUUCAGCUGUGCCUGCCUAGCUCCUGAAGCAGACAAUAACACCUUCUUUAAUGAAACAACAAUGACAACAACACACUGGCUACUUAGCAAUACCACUGACAUGUUUUACAAUAGCAGUUUAAACUGGUCGACUCUGAGCAAAAAACAGUGUGUAAAACAUGGUGGCAGCCUCACUGGAAGCAGCUGCAAGUAUGUUCCAGACAUUGCUCUCAUGUCCUUUAUUCUCUUCUUUGGAACCUAUACCUGUUCAAUGACCCUAAAGAAGUUUAAGACGAGCCGCUAUUUCCCAACCACAGUUAGAAAGCUUAUCAGCGACUUUGCCAUUAUUUUGUCCAUUUUGCUUUUCUGUGGAGUCGAUGCACUGGUAGGUGUGGACACACCCAAGCUUCUUGUGCCAAGUGAAUUCAAGCCAACAAGCCCACAUCGAGGUUGGUUUGUCCCACCCUUUGGGGGAAAUCCAUGGUGGGUGUAUUUGGCUGCAGCCCUCCCUGCUCUGCUAGUUACCAUUCUAAUCUUCAUGGACCAGCAGAUUACAGGUGUCAUUGUCAACAGGAAGGAGAAUAAGCUAAAGAAAGGUGCAGGCUAUCACUUGGAUCUUUUCUGGGUGGCUGUUCUCAUGGCGCUUUGCUCUUUCAUGGGACUGCCCUGGUAUGUAGCUGCUACAGUCAUUUCCAUUGCACACAUUGACAGCCUGAAGAUGGAGACAGAAACAUCUGCACCUGGAGAGCUUCCCAAGUUCUUGGGAGUAAGAGAACAAAGAGUUACUGGGACCCUUGUCUUCAUUUUGACUGGCGUAUCUGUGUUUAUGGCUCCUAUCCUAAAGUUCAUUCCUAUGCCUGUUCUCUACGGAGUUUUCCUUUACAUGGGUGUUGCUUCUCUUAAUGGAGUCCAGUUCAUGGAUCGCCUGAAGUUGCUUCUGAUGCCAGCAAAACAUCAGCCUGACUUCAUAUAUCUGCGCCAUGUACCUCUGCGACGAGUUCAUCUCUUCACUUUUAUCCAAGUUUUAUGUCUUGCUUUGCUCUGGAUUCUGAAGUCUACUGUUGCUGCUAUUAUAUUUCCAGUGAUGAUUUUGGCACUGGUGGCAGUACGAAAGGCAAUGGACUAUCUUUUCUCCCAGAAGGAUCUUAGCUACCUUGAUGAUGUGAUUCCAGAGAAAGACAAGAAAAAGAAGGAAGAUGAGAAGAAAAAGAAGAAGAAAAAAGCAUCUGGUGUAGAUAGUGACAAUGAAGAUUCUGAUUAUAACUCCUACCCUGACAAAGUUCCAACUGUUAAAAUCCCCAUGGACUUCAUGGAGCAAGAACCUUUCUUACGAGACACAAAACCUUCCGAGCAAGAGAAGUCAUUUCAUUUCACUGAACGACACACAACAUGCUGAACAAAUCUCUUGCCUUCGUUUAGAUGCAAUGCCAAGCCCAGCAAAAACUCCAGUGAGAACUGUGCCUCAAAUUAGAAUUGAAUUUGAACCAGAUGACAAUUUUUUCUUCUGGAUGAAUAAGGGAACAGAAACUGCUUUAUAACAAAUCUCAUCAGUCUGGACCAAUUUUGACUUCUUUUGAAGCAUGCAACACUAAAUCUACAAUGGUAGAUCCAUGCACAAUCCUUACAGUCAACAAUCUCCUGGGAGAGUCUGUUUUUUCCCUUUUAUCAAGAAAUUUAAGGAGACCUGGGAGCCGGAUAAUUAAGGACAAGAAAUUGCAGUCUCCCAAAAUAUAUGUGGCAGCUUCUAGAUUAAAUCAGCAAACCUGAUUACUUUGAAAUGUUUGAUUCACUUCCAUAAUGGUAGCAUAUCUGCAGAGAGAAUGACAAUGACAGAAAAACUCUGUGGCCAGGAGAAAAUGAUCCAGCUUUAAAAACUUCAGCUACCACUGGACAUUGCCAUUGCUAAUGUGAAUCGCUGAGCCUCUCUUUAACUAACUCUACACCUGGGUUUCCUGGUCAUACUGAGGAACUUCCUCUAGUCUUUUUUGACUUUUAGCUUUGUAGCCUAACCCACAACUGACAGUUGUACAUUUUAAUGUUAAUCAUUGUUUCAAA